AGCGGUUGCCUGGGCUGCAAUGUAACCACGCGAGAAAAUAUUCCAUACAUUGGAAUCUGAAUCAGCUAAAAAGACGAUUUGAAAAUAUAUUCGUUAUUAUGGACUGCUUUUCGUUGAUAAAGAGUGCGCAUGUAAUUUUCACUAAUAAUAACUUUUAACCAACAGAUUUAUUUGGAAAUACAUAGUAGCAAACUAAAAAUGUGACCAGUUAAACAUUACAAAAGCAGUAUGGAAAACACCCUUAUUCGAUAAUAAGCCAAACGUCUUUGAUUGGCUCCGUAGUUCUCAAAUAACAGAGGUUGAAGCAGAUUGGGCUUCAAGUGCGUGUGUUCCACCCUUGCUGUGUCCUGAUUGGUAAUAGCCCUCUGGCCUGUUUAUUUGCAGAAUCAAUAUUCUGGGUUUCAGACUGCUAAUACAGAACGAGUAGUGAUUUUCAUUCAUUGAGAUUGUGCGUGUCCUUUUCUUGAACAAAUAACAAGCUGAUUCAUCGCGCCUUCUGUUUCUAACGUUGGCAUCUGUCAGCUGUCUGUACUUUAUUAGCAAUGUGUAAAGCGUUAUCUAAUCUCUUCGGUUCUGAAGCUGAAGAAUACUACCUAUUGGAAUGCAUGUCUUACCUAAUGAUUUUUAUGGCUGCUGUAACAUUUUUGGUUUUGCUUUUUGAGAACGUACCGUACGGCAGGUAUGCAACAAGCAAAUACGGGUUUCCUGUCAAUGCACGAUUUGCCUGGUUUGUACAAGAGUUACCUGCACUGGUUGUGCCGGUCUUACUACUGUUAACGGCAUCUUCCGCCCGAGCCUCUUACCUGCCCAAUCAGUUGCUUCUUGCAAUGUAUUUACUCCACUAUUUUCAAAGGUCGCUUAUUUAUCCAUUUUUAAUUCGAGGAGGAAAGCCUACACCCUUUCUUUCUUUUGUGAUGGCAUUUUUAUUCUGCGUAUACAAUGGCUAUCUACAAGGAAGAUACUUGAGCCACUUUGCAAAAUACCCUGCAGACUGGAUAAUGCAUCCCUGUUUCAUAAUAGGAUUUCUUAUGUGGUUAUUGGGUGUGUUGAUAAAUGUACAUUCAGAUCACAUUCUUAGAAACCUCAGAAAGCCUGAAGAGACAGGCUACAAGAUACCACAGGGUGGCUUGUUUGAAUAUGUGUCUGGCGCUAAUUUUUUGGGUGAGAUAGUGGAGUGGGCUGGAUUUGCUGUUGCUACUUGCUCACUUCAAAGUGCUGCAUUUGCAAUUUUUACCUCUGUGGUACUCUCCAGUCGGGCUGUUUCACACCAUGGGUGGUACCUUCAAAAGUUUGAAGACUAUCCCAAGUCCAGAAAAGCUUUAGUACCUUUUUUGCUUUGACAGACAAGUGAUUAUUAGGAAUGGAAAAACAGCAGUACAUAAAAUACAACACCAUAUACAUAGGUUUUCCAAUAACACUAAUACACAAAUUAUUUUGUAAAACAGCCCAUAAAAGGGAACAGAUUGUUAAAAAUGAAGAUCAAACAAAAAAAACAUAUCUUACAAAACAGAGUCCUUUGAUUGAAGAAUCAAACUUGGCAACUCAAUCAUUAUAAAUGGAGGAAAUAAUUUUAAUCAUGGUUAAUGGGUUAUUUUGCUACUAAUAUUUAGGUUUAUAUUUGUAUUUUCUUUAAAUCAUGACUUUCCUUAAAUAUGCAAGGGGUAUUUUAUUUAUAUUUCACAGCCAAGGAAAAUAAUGUUGUAGUUAUAGAAACAUUUAGAUAUUGGUAGCAUGUUAACCAUGGCUGUUGGUAAAUGAAAAAUGUAAGCAAUAAUAAAAUGUAACAGCAUCAAAGAAUCUCAAUGCAUUUGCUAAGGGUUUUUUUUAUUAAUUUCAUGAUGAAAUACAGACUGGUUAAAACAUAAGGCAGUUGAAAAGAACUUCUGGAAUAGAAAUGAUCAGGCAUAUGUGUAAAAAAAGGAAAAAUAUGGAGACCAAAAUAUCAAUAACCUUGAUUCCCUGUAGCACAUGUUCUAACAAGAAAUAUCUGACAUCUUUUUGCAAAGUACCAUCAGAAGAAGCAUGAAUUAUUGGUUCUAUAAAACUCUAGGUUGCUGAAGUCAGAACAAAACAAAUAAAAGGAAAUGACAUUUUUUGCUAUCACUCCACGCAGGUGCAUUAACGGUGUUAAUCAGAUGUCGCCUCUUCUGAAAUACAAAGAGCACAGUUGAGACAUGAUUGAGCUAGGAAAUAGUCAGCCAACUCAGGUACAGCAACUUGCAGUGCAGCUCAAGGUUAUUUUGCAGUGCAUUAUGUUACAUCACUCAGUAUACAAGAAGUCUUUAAAGGACAGUAUUUAACUGAGGAAAUACUUUCUAAAUAUUCAAGCAAAUUGCAUGUUUAUACAUGAUAUAUAAGUUAUUAUCCUGUAUUCAGAUAUUAGUUUUUUUUUAUUUAAUUUGGUUCCUCACUACUAACUUGCUACCUCAAAGUUCACUAGGAUUAGUCCUUAUUAGAUAGUAACAAAAUAUGCUAAGUUUAAUAUUCCAUUUAACAAAUUACUGAACCUUUAGUGCACAUUUUCACGUUUACUGCUACCAGUAUUCAUGUCCCCAUUCUGUUUACAUUUCCUGAGCAAUCCAUAUUGCUGUUAAAGUCUCAUAUCAGAAUGUCUGUAGAUAUUCUUCUAAAAUCAAGCAUGUUAGGUUCCAUUUUGAUUUCCAAUGUUUCCAAUCCAUUAAUUGAAUGUUUUCAAUUAAUAAUUAUAAACGAGACAUUAAAAACACAAUAGAACUCAGAUCCCUUAUUCAAUCUUCCAGUCUUGUUAUAAUAUGGAAUGCUCCAAUCACAAUGUUGUAAAUACAUGUUUUAAACCUAAAGGUAUGUAUUGUAUCAUGCAAUUCUUUACUUGUAAUGCUAAACAGUUUAAUUAAAAAUUACAUAAUGUUAAAGCUGAGUGCAUUAUAGUCAAGUAUGUGGAUAUUCUACUAUUCUUCAUGACUUAUCAAUUAAACUCCCACAGGUCAAUUCAGUAUAUCACAAACUCUGCCCCAUGUCAUAGCAUCCAAACAUUAUAUCUUCUGUCCAGAUGGCUGGUAGUGAAAAUGUUUAUUUCACCUCAUGUAUUGUAUUUUCUGUUUUUAUUUUUUCCAACAUACAAUUUUUGAAUUGUACAAAUGUGUACACAGAAUUAUUAAAGCUGGUUUGUUACAAAUA